AUGAAGUUCCUCAUCGUUGCCGCUGCUCUUGCUAUCCCCGCUCUGGCCAUGCCACAGCCAGCCUCUGAAGGCUCUGCUCUGGGCGUUAGGGACAACGUCAAGUUCAACCAGUACCGCAACUUCGAGGACUGCCGCAACGACAACGCCAUUCUGUUCCAUGCGGCCCCCGUCUCGGGAAGGUGCAUCAACAUCGACAGCCAGACUGGUGCAUUCUUCGUCAACACUGCUGGAUUCCUGGCCAGCAAACUCUACUCGGGUGGUGACUGCAACGGAAACACUCUCGGAGUUUCAGGUGGAUCUUGCAUUGAGAGGGGCCAGUGGAACUCCUUCAAGCUGGUUUAG